AUUGUAUUUUAAUGCUCACUUUUCUUUUCAGACUGCUGAGGACACAGCAUCAGACCCCGAAGAGCUGCUGCUCACGACCGACCUGGAGACAGACGUGGAGGACCAGCAGUACACGGACACCUCCUACAGCAGUGCCAGCUUCGAGUCCCUGCCGCCGCCGCCCGUUGAAGAAAAACCAAAGAAGAAGCGGAAGAAACGAAAAGAAACUGUGGAAGAAACUAUAACAAGAGUUAGCAGCGAGGUGUGGUCGGAAGACUCUUUCCCGUUUGAGCCAGAUGAAGCAGCACAGGCAGUAGUAGAAGAAGAAGUAGUUAGAAAGAAGAAGAAGAAGAAGAAGGGAAAGAAAGGUAAAAAGGGAAAGAAAGUAAAAGAAGUUAAAGAAGAAAUACCUAAGUUUCCGAAGCCCAAGAAGUGGAAGAAGAUGAACAAGAAGGAAAGAGACCAGUGGAUGGAACAGCAGAUAGAAGAAUGGAGGCAGCAGAAAGAGAUAGAGAAAGCAGCCUACAUCGCGGGUGCGAAAGAGAGGAGGAAGGAAGAAGCGAGACAGAGAGCUGAGCAGCUGGCCAAUGACAACGCAGAACAGGAAAUCAGGAAGGAUAUCCUACAGAAGACUUGCAAUUUGUUCCACAGCUUUGAAAAAGAGAAGAUUCUGUAUGCAAACAACAAGCAGAUGAAAGAAGAAUGGCAACAGUACCUCCGCUGCGACGGGCUGCCCGACCCGCGCGUGGUGACGCAGGCGGCCACCUACCUGCACGUGUGGAGGGAGCAGCAGCAGUGGGGCGGCGAGGAGCUGGCCAGGAGGUGUGAGGAGACGCUGCCGAUGCUGGAGAUGUUGGAGACGUUUGUUGCUAACGCAAGACACUACAGUCCGCAACAGGCAGAAAACUACAAUGAGAUCCGCCUGGCGCUUCGGGAGCAGCUGCACCACACGAUCCAGCACGUGUCCUACAUGCUGCUGCGAGACCUGGAGACCAACCUCACCGCGCACUCCAUCAAGCUGGCUACAUAUGAGAAAGAGUUCAAGGGCCUCCAGCUAAACUUCUGGGUGGCCAUCCGGAUGCCCACUCGGAAACCGAAGCCAGUGGAAACUGAACCGGAACCAAUAGAGCUGUCCUUCCCCUCCAUGAAGGUCACAGUGACCCUGCCCAAGGUGGUGGACGCGUCGUGCGCGUGCGUGCGAGCUGCCAAGUACAUGCUGGACCUGCUGAGCGAGAGCUCCCGGACUUAUAGACUGGCUGAGGAGCCGGAGGACUGGUAUGAAGACCUGUACAGCUUCAACGUACGAGAACAUGAAGCGGUGACCGCGCUGAGCUCGGAGCAGGAGGCCACCAGGAAGGACUUCUUCAAGGCCGUCAAGGCCAGGGUCAAGGAGCUGGAAGGGAUUAUUAAAGCUAACAUAUACGUAAGAAACAAAGCUGCUGAAGAAGAGCUGGAAGAGCUGAGCCUGAAGGAGCCGCAGGGGCUGGGGGACCCACGUGCUUUCAUCGUGCAGCAGAACGAACUUGAGUUCGCCGAUUACUUGAAGAGGUGCAACUACAGGACACGGCGAGGGGAAAUCAACUUGAGGAAAUACAGAAUCUGCGGAGGCAUCAUCCAGAUAGACCUGCUGGAGACCCCCCCGCAGCCGAAGCGAAUGCGGGACGACAUCGACAUCACCACGUUGCCGCUACCCAAACGCCUGCAGCCGAUGUCGUACCAAGUCCAGUACCGCGCCCCCUCCCCCCCGCCGCCCGGCGUCACGAGGACGCCCGAGGAGAUCGAGGCGGAGAUGAGGAAGAUAGAGGCGGAGUACGAGAAGCUCGCGCUCGUGCAUAUUGAUCUCCCUCAAGACGUGAUGUGGCUGGAGCCUCCGGUCGUGGUCCAGUGGCAGGAGUCGCGGAGGCUGUGGACCACCAACUAUGUCAACGACUUCAAGUAUAAUGAGGAUAAACUCACUGUACAGUUCAGGACUGGGAUAUUGUGGCCGAUAGGACUAGCUACGUUGAGAUACAGCAACCUUCCAUAUCAAGGAUGGGACAUCAAACCUGAUCCAAAUGGAAGCGGCGUGAUAGUCCUAGUCACAGGCGUGUCGGUGACGAUCAGCUGGCUGUGCGUCGGCAACUACGUCAAACUGCGCUCCAUCACCAACGCGACGACGCCUGCGUUGAAGGAGCAUCUUAACAAGAAGUAUACGGUGAAGAAGAUGGUUCAGAUAAUGCGCUUGGCGGCGUGCGACGUGUUCCCCGGCAGCGACGCGCACGCGCACGUGGAGGGCGCGCGCAAGCAGCCCGCGCUCGAGCGACACACGUACCACGCCAUGGCCUUCCUGUCCAGGGCGUAUAACUUCCAGUGGAGCAGAUGGAACGUGGGCGCCGGUAGCCGAAACAUUGUGAUGCAAAUCAGAGAAGCCGUGGAUAAAAAGCGACAGGGGAAAUUCCAAUUAAUAAACGUGAGCACUCAACGGGCCACGCUCCUGAAGUGUACUGAAGUGUCCACGGAAUAUUCAGCUGAACCAAUACUGGGCAUGCAGUUCCACCCGGACCUGUUCACGUUCAACAUGUCGUACGGGUCGUCGGACGCGCGCAGACACACAUACAACAUGAAGUACAAGCUCGUGGAAACCGUCUUUGAGCUGCUGCAGGAGGUUAAACUGUGCAGUUUCUCAUAGACGACGGUCUAAGGGCUCCCGCACACGGGCCACCGGCCGCAACCACAAAACGCCGCCACUGGCAUAUUUCCUCUAAUUUUCAUACAUUUUAUAUGAACUCGCCGCACACGGUUGACGCCGGUGGCGGCCACACGCUUCAAAUCGUUCCCAUACAAAAGCUUCUCAUGGCGGCGUUUGUGGCUGUGGCCGGUGGCCCGUGUGCGGCGACACUAACUGCCAGUUUCUAUAACUCUAUCUAUCUAUAACUGGUAGUUACUUUCAUACGAUUUUGACAGAUUGUUACUUUUGAUUAUGUCAAAAUCGUAUGAAAGUAACUACCAGUUAUCGAUAGAUAGAGUUAUUGAAACUGGCAGUUUGCAAGGGGUUUUCAGAAUGGUGGAAUUACAAUGAAUGUACCUACAUCAAAAUUAGUUUAAGUUAUUACUUUUUUGUGGCAUAUUUUUUCAGUGGUCGGUACUUACGAAUUCAAGUUAAUGUUGAUUAAUGAUUUUUUGUCAAAGCAGUAUUUUUUGUAUUUGUAAAAUUUACGAU